AUGCAACUCACCAGCUCCCUCCUCGCCAGCCUCGCCUCUGUCUCCCAGGCCGCUGUGAUCUGGGAUGGCAGAUUCAACGACCUCCAGACUGCCAGUGACCUCAAUGACUGGUCAUGGAGCAACCAAGUCGGUCCAUACCAGUAUUACAUCCACGGCUCUGGCACCGUGGAUAAGUGCAUAGCCCUCUCGGCAGACUACGCAAACCCGGCCGACACCUCGUCCAAGCAGGGUGCCAAGUUCACACUCGACAGCACGGCAUACUGGAACGGACAGAAUAUGCGGCGUAUCGAGCUGAUCCCGCAGACGACGGCGCCGAUCAACAAGGGUAAGGUGUGGUAUCACUUCACCAUCUCGCGCAAGGAGGCCAACGCCCCGAGCCUGUUCCGCGAGCAUCAGAUCAACUUCUUCGAGAGCCACUUUACCGAGCUCAAGUCGGGCUGGAUCAGCGGCGAGGCCGGAACCAGCAACCCUAAGCUGCAGUGGAUGGUUAGCCAGCAGAGCAAGUGGAGCGUCGACGAAUGGGAGGCUGGUGUCUUCUACAACUUUGCCUACGAGAUCGACUUUUCGGCCAGUACCGUUGGGCUCUGGCACUCCACCGGUGGAGACGAUCUGAAGCAAGUCGUCGCACCAGUGUCAGCGUCCACUUCGUCCAACGGAGCCGACUGGCACCUCGGAGUCCUGGAGCUGCCGCGCGAUGGGUACACGGAUGCGAAUGAGGACUUUUAUUUCUCUGGUGUAUACAUAGAAUCCGGAUCUAUCACCACGAGUGUGAAAGGCCCGGCUUAG